AUGAACUAUUUCAACACUGUUCUCAUGUAUGACCUCCUCACUGUUCUCAUGAACUAUUUCAUCACUGUUCUCAUGAACGACCUCCUCACUGUUCUCAUGAACUAUUUCAUCAUUGUUCUCAUGAACGACCUCCUCACUGUUCUCAUGAACUAUUUCAUCAUUGUUCUCAUGAACGACCUCCUCACUGUUCUCAUGAACUAUUUCAACACUGUUCUCAUGAACGACCUCCUCACUGUUCUCAUGAACUAUUUCAACACUGUUCUCAUGUAUGACCUCCUCACUGUUCUCAUGAACUAUUUCAACACUGUUCUCAUGUAUGACCUCCUCACUGUUCUCAUGAACUAUUUCAUCAUUGUUCUCAUGAACGACCUCCUCACUGUCUUUCAUAAGCGUUUCAAAGUCUCCUUUACUCAUUACUUCAAUCUCAUGCUGUUCACAAUAGUACUUAAACUCACUGUAUAUGUCUUUGUUGUAUGUUAUAUUGCUUCCCAUGUACUCCAUGAAUUUUUCAAGCACUUCCUCAUAAUUCACUGUUUCUUUCUUUCCACGACCUUCUAA